AUGUACACCCUUUCCAUCAUUCUCGCCGCUGUUUUCACCGCAUUCUUCUCCCAAGCCAUCGCUGCCCCCACACCAGUGUCACUGUUCAUCCCCGGGUACAACAACAAUUCCUUCCCCGUCACCGCGGUCAACAUCGGCGUCGACUCCAGCGGGCACACCACUUGGCAGCUCGCGGUCGGAAACAGGAGCAGUACCUUCACUGGUCCUGCCCCUACUAUAGUGCCCAACGCCACGACGGUCAUCGCCACAAUGGUCGCGGGCCCCACCGACGCACACUUGAAGAUCGACGUCCCGGGCACGAACCACUCCCAGGCUCUGCUCGACGACUGCACGGUCAACAACGGCGUCGCCGUCUGCACCGAGGCGCUCUCCGUCUCGGGCAGCCCCGUGUCGACCGCGGGCGUCGUGACGGAGACGGCGAAGCUCAUCGAGGUGCAGACGAGCGGCGGAGGGUUGCCGGGCGUGGCGGGUCCGGUGCUCGUGUUGAGCAUGACGUUGGCUUCGGCGGGUCUUGUCCUGGGCGGGCUAUUCUAG